AUAAAAUUAAAUUCCGGCGGCCUCAGCCAAUUAGCACGGCCUCGUAUUUGGAGCAGCUGUCACUACAUGGUAGCUCUUGGCUUGGCCCCUAGGCUGCAUCGCAAACUUAAAACAGGCCACCUCUCAUCACUUGUCGGGCCCUCGCCAGCAUCGACACAGCCGUCAUGUAUUGGCGACGCAAUUCAAAAUAUUCACGUCACUCCUACGAGCCCGAUAUCGAGACGAAUACCGAGCAGCGCCGCAGCAGAAUCAGGCUACUGUCGCCGGGAACCAAGCUCUACAUCAAGCGGCUUCUCCGCACACGGGUGGCCCGGGUUGCGCUCUUCCUGUUUGCCGUGGUCAAUUUCCUCGAAGUUUUCAGAAUACACAGUCGAAUAGCAGAGGAGCAUAAGCACCAUGUUGCGCCGGCGCAUCAUAAGGGAGAGCGCAUAUACAUUGCAGCGAUGCACUUCAAUGACGGUGCCUUGUUGCGCAGCCAUUGGCUCUACUCCAUGCUCAACUUGACUGAGGCGCUGGGUCCGGAGAACAUAUUUAUUAGCAUAUAUGAGAGCGGCAGCUGGGACGACACCAAGAUGCUGCUAGAAUGGUUUGACGGGGAGCUUGAAAGACGGCAGGUCCCGCACCGAAUCGAGUUGUCCGACACGACGCAUCUAGAAGAAAUUAAAAGCGAAGUCCGCGGAGUCGGCUGGGUUGAUACACCAAAAGGCGAGCGUUCGCUGCGACGUAUCCCAUUUCUAUCAAAGAUGAGAAAUAGGACGAUAAAGGACUUGGUGGACUUGGACAGCCAAGGGACACACUUUGACAAGGUGCUCUUUGUGAAUGACGUCGUCUUUACGGUCGACGAUAUAUUAACCCUACUUGAUACGAAUGGAGGUGACUAUGCCGCAGCAUGCUCUCUCGACUUUUCGCUUCCACCGAUAUACUACGACACCUUUGCGCUGCGGGAUUCCAAUGGUCUUCCGCAUGCUACGCUUCGAUGGCCGUAUUUCCAGUCAUCAGAAUCGCUCAAUGCAAUGAUAAGCAAUUCCGAUGCUGUUCCUGUGACGAGCUGUUGGAAUGGAAUUGUUGCUAUGCCUUCUGAGCCCUUCGUAUCGUCCACACAGUUGCGUUUCCGUGGAAUUCCGGAUUCUCUUGCAGCACAUCACCUUGAAGGUUCGGAAUGCUGUCUUAUACACGCGGACAACCCUUUGUCCAAGACGCUGGGCGUCUAUCUCAACCCCAGGGUCAGAGUCGGCUACAACCCUCGAGCGUACGAGGUUACGCAUCCAAAAACCUCUUGGGUGUCCGCAUGGCGUAUUUUCUGGGGCCUUUGGACAAAUAGAAUAACGCGCUGGGCCACCUUUACAUUUGACCAAGCUGUGGUCCGCCGGCGUGUCAAGCGCUGGGAGAAGGAAGACAUGGGCAAUUCAGAACCUGGUGUCUUUUGCCUCAUCAACGAGAUGCAUGUAAUUGCUGAAAAUGGGUGGGCUCAUGUAUAGACUGUUUCAAAAUGGCGUUAUUUUUCAUUGGAGUUGAUAACUUUUUUCACUCGAGGGCAUGUUAUGCAGAAUUUACAAUCACCAGCCGGAAUCUAUAGAGACAACCGCCCGAUGCACAUUUAGAUCACGCUAUACAAUGGAUAAGGUUAUGUUCUUUAGUACAAAUUCAAACAUGCGAUUAACAAAACAGUUGCUAUAAAACAUCAGUAAUACAAAAAUAAUAAAUAGCACUCACCUGAGUAUUGCGACCGUCAGGGCCUUACCGCAGCCUUCCUACUCGUCAUCAACAUUCAUAACUUGGGAGAGUCCACCAGACUCUCCUUGUGCAAUGCGAAACAGAUUUUCCAUUUUUUCGUCAUCCUUGAGUUCGGCAUAUCCGGGGCAUGUUUCCCGGUAGUGCCUGUUGACGCGAGCCCCAAACUUGUGGCCGUAGUCCUUUCGGUAGAUAUUCGUGACCGUAUCCACAUCUUGGGUCCUUCUACUAGAUACAACUCUUAGCAUAGAGUCGAUGGUUUCAUCGUUCCAGAUGAUUUGGUUCAUGUUGAACAACACAUAUUUGGUCCGGACACGUGGAUCGACGUCGAGCUCGCGCACGAAGUUGCCUUCCUCGACGUAGCCGCGCGGAUCGGGGAGUGUGUUAAGCGCCAUGUGACGAAUGAGCUCGGGGU